UUCCAAAUUCUAUAAAAAAAACCCAAAAUCUUAGGACACAAACACAAAAACAAACUCACUUGAUAGUUACUAAAUUCAUAGAAAAAAAAUUGAAGUGCUGCAAUGGCUACAAAUCAGGAAGAUGUGAAACUUUUGGGAGCUCUUGGAAGCCCAUUUGUGUGCAGAGUAACUCUUGCUCUAAAUCUGAAGGGAAUUGAAUAUGAAUUUGUUGUAGAAAAAUUGGCUAACAAAAGUGAACUUCUUCUCAAAUAUAACCCAGUUUAUAAGAAGGUUCCAGUUUUUGUUCACAAUGACAAGCCCAUAUCAGAAUCUCUUGUGAUUCUUGAAUACAUUGAUGAAACAUGGAAACAAAAUCCAAUCUUGCCUUCUGAUCCUUACAAAAGAUCGUUGGCUCGUUUCUGGUCCAAGUUCAUAGAUGACAAGAUUAUGGGCCCUUCAUUCAAAUCAGCUUUCACAGCUGAUGAGGAAGAGCGUGAGAAGAAUAUUGCAGAAUCAUCUGAGGCUCUUAAGAUUCUUGAGAAUGAGUUGAAGGACAAGUUCUUUGGAGGAGAAGAGAUUGGUUUUGUGGAUAUUGCUGCUGUGUUCAUAGCUUUUUGGAUCCCUUUGAUUCAAGAUGUAUCAGGGUUGCAGUUGUUUACUGCUGAAAAGUUUCCAAAGCUUUACAAAUGGAGUCAAGAAUUUCUCAACCAUCCGGUUGUGAAGAAAAGUCUGCCUCCUAGAGAUCCUCUUUUUGCUUUAUUCAAAGGUCGCUAUGAGAGCCUUUUUAAUGCUUCAAAAUAGAUCAUGCUAGAAAUUAUAGAGUAAUGAAAUUCAGAAUUUCAUGUGCAUGAGUCAUUAUUAUAAUCUGUCAUUGAGUUUUUGUUUUUUGGAUUUCAUUUCAAAAUAAUGGUUUGUAAUGUGAGGUGAGAUUUCUCUCUGAAAUCUAAGGAUAUUGUGGAGAUUUUUUCAUAUUUGGAUUUAAAGAAAAAGACAUCUUUCUACCGUA